GCUGGGAAGCCUCAUGCCAAUCAGGAUACCCGUUUGAACUAUAGGGUGAUUGAUCUCAGAACACCUGCUAACCAAGCUAUCUUCCGUGUUCAGAGCUGGAUUCAAAUUACAUUCAGAGAAUUCUUACUAUUGAAAGGUUUUCUCGAAAUCCACACACCGAAACUGUUGGCUGGUAGCAGUGAAGGUGGUUCUGCUGUGUUUAGGCUUGACUACAAAGGGCAGCCUGCUUGUAUGGCUCAGUCUCCUCAGCUUCAUAAACAGAUGGCAAUAUGUGGUGACUUUGAACGAGUCUUUGAGGUUGGUGCUGUUUACAGAGCUGAAGACUCGUUCACUCAUAGACACCUGUGUGAGUUUAUUGGUCUUGAUGUGGAGAUGGCGAUUCACAAACACUACUCUGAGAUUAUGGAUGUUGUGGGGGGAGCUGUUUCCUUUCUUCCACAAACAUUGACUAUAACCUUUGCAGAAGGUAUUCAAAUGCUUAAGGAAGCUGGUGUGGAGGCUGAUCCUCUUGGAGAUCUAAAUACAGAAACAGAGAGAAAACUUGGGCAGCUAGUUCUGGAGAAGUACAACACAGAAUUCUACAUCAUGCAUCGUUAUCCUUCUGCUGUUAGGCCAUUCUACACUAUGCCAUGUGCAGACGAUCCUAACUACAGCAACUCAUUCGAUGUCUUCAUAAGAGGUGAGGAGAUCAUAUCAGGAGCUCAACGUGUACAUGACCCAGAAGUCUUGAGGGAACAAGCAAUAAGAUUUGGGAUUGAUGUGGAGACAAUAAAAACAUACAUCGAUUCAUUCAGGUACGGUACACCACCUCACGGUGGAUUCGGAGUGGGACUGGAGCGUGUGGUGAUGCUGUUUUGUGGCCUCAACAACAUCCGCAAAACAUCUCUAUUCCCUCGUGACCCUCUAAGGCUCGCUCCUUAA